CCAUAACAAAUAUAUAAUCAAAACAUAAUAUGAAUAUUCAAACAGAAUAAAACAGAUCAAAUCAUCAAUAAAAUAAAAAUACUCUGUUUUCUCCUCUCUUUCCAUCAAGGCUCGUACUCUAUCAACAGAUUCAAUCAAGCCUUCAAUCCGACUGCCACGAUCAACAUAAGAAGAUCUUUGGACGAUUACCCGCCAUUGAAUUGCGGAAAAUCUAAGCUUUUAUAAAGGGGGAGUUAGAUCAUGAUAAAACUAAAAGAUUGUAAAUGUUUUCACACAGAAAAACCAUGGGCAUUCCCUCUUGCUAUAACCUCAAUUGUUUGUUUAUUCCUCUUAUUAACUUGUUUCAACAUGGGCCUCAUUCCACCCUUGUACAAAAUCAAUUCAUAUUUCCCAUUAUUCAACCCUCGCGUUUCCUCAAAUCACUCGAUCCCACAUUUCGCCGAACAAAGAGUUAAAUCGACCCAUUUAGAAUCUCGAUCCUCCACCCCUCGUUUCGCUUAUUUGAUUUCUGGGUCAAAAGGGGACUUAAAUAAGCUUUGGAGAACACUUAGAGCAUUAUAUCAUCCAUUGAAUUAUUAUGUUGUUCAUCUUGAUCUUGAGUCGGAGCCCAAUGAACGAAUGGAGCUUGCAUCACGAGUUGAGAAAGAUCCUAUGUUUGCUGAAGUUGGGAACGUUUAUAUGAUCAUGAAAGCGAAUAUGGUGACGUAUAGAGGGCCCACGAUGGUGUCGAACACUCUUCAUGCGUGUGCAAUUCUGUUGAAAAGGAAUAAAGAUUGGGAUUGGUUUAUAAACCUUAGUGCAUCUGAUUAUCCUCUAGUGACUCAAGAUGAUCUCCUGUCUGCAUUUCGUAAUCUGAAUCGAGACUGGAAUUUUGUUGAGCACACAAGCCAAUUGGGCUGGAAAGAGGAUCAGAGAGCGAUGCCUUUGAUGAUUGAUCCUGGACUAUAUGAGAAUAAGAAGUCUGAUAUCUUUUGGGUGCAACCAGACAGGCCUCUGCCAACUGCAUUUAAAUUGUUUACCGGAUCUGCUUGGAUGGUUCUAUCGCGUUCGUUUGUGGAGUAUUGCAUAUGGGGUUGGGAUAAUCUUCCAAGAACUCUACUCAUGUACUACACAAACUUUGUCUCUUCACCCGAAGGUUACUUUCAAACCGUUAUAUGCAACGUUCCAGAAUUCAUUCCAACCGUGAUUAACCAUGAUAUGCACUUUAUUUCAUGGGACAACCCACCAAAGCAGCAUCCACAUGUCCUAAACAUUAGUGACGCUACUAAAAUGUUUAAAAGCGGGGCUGCAUUUGCACGUAAGUUUGACCAAGACACAACUAUUUUAGACCGGAUUGAUAGUGAAAUACUACACCGAUCUAACGGAAGCUUUACCCCGGGUGGAUGGUGCAGAGAUAUCCCGUCUUGUUCUGAGGUCGGGAAACCGAUACUGGUUAAAUCGGGCCCAGGAGCUAAAAGGCUUAAAAAACUUAUAAACAAGUUGAUUCGAUCGGCUCAAAAUGGAAAUCAAUGUCGAUAGGUUAUAUUCUUUGAAUUUGAGAUAGAAAUGAGAGUUUAGUCUUGAUCAUAUGUUACAGCAUUUUUGUUUGGAGUAUAUAUGCAUAUAUAUUCGAUCUGCACGCCCAGCUAUGACACGUUGGGAUUGCGUUUUUGUUGCUGUAUUAAAGUUAGUGUUCUUAGUUGAGCCGAACGGCGCAUGAUCAAGGAGUUUAUGGAUCUUGUAUUAAGUUGGUCAGCCAAGCUCAAGAAACUGUAAUAAGACAAGAUAACAGAUUGAUCAGAGAUGGAUACAUGCACCUGCUUCUCUCUA